AUGACGCCGUUAAUGAAGGCGCUGAUGUUUUGGAUCAACGACAACCGCUUCAAGAUCGUCAGCCAGCUCGGCGAGGGAGGUUUUGCAUACGUCUUCCUUGUUAGGAAGGCCUUCACUGAAGCUUCAGCCGGUAGCGCCUCUAAGAAGUUCAAAGACCCCUCUCACAUCUCCGAGGAUGGCACAUAUGCGAUGAAGAAAGUUUUGAGUCAAAAUAAUGAUCAACUGGAGCUCGUGAUUGAAGAGAUUCAUGUAUCUUCCCUGUUUAGCCACCCGGAUCUGAUUCCAUUAUUGGAUCAUGCCAUUAUUCUAUUAAAGGCCACAUCAGAACAACCUUGGACACAUGAAGCAUACUUAUUGUUUCCACUUCAUCUGGAUGGGAUUUUUUUGGACAAUUCAACAACAAUGAAAUCUAAAAAACAAAUUUUUUUUUUACAUCUGAUGUUCUCCAUAUUUUCCGACAGGCAUUGCUGA